AUGGUAUCGAUGGCAAAUGUUCAAGCAGAAAUGAAUAUUGAUCGAGUGAAAACAAGAACUGUUGAACAAUUAAUUGCACCACUGAUACAACAGGUAACAAAUUUAAUGACCCCAAAUGGUAUGCAUUCAUUAAAACGCAGUGGGAAGAGUGGAGCUGUAUUAGUAGCUGCUAUCGAACGAACCGUAUGUAAUUUUGUGGAAAUAGGGCGAUCAGCUAUUGCUGAAUGCCCAAUUGCUGUUGGAAAUGCUUUGGAACAGUUGAAUGAAACUUUACAGGAUGUGGAGCAUGCAGGUAUCGAAAUGGUCAAUACAGGACAUGAUUUUGUGCAGGAGACGAGUAAUACAGAUCGACGUGCACGUGCAAUACGGGCAGCUCGAAAUUUGUUAACUGUAGUAGCACGAAUGCUUAUUAUGGCUGAUAUGGUAGAUGUACGCAUGAUGCUUCUUCAAGUUGCUAAAGUGGAAGAUAUAAUGGAUCGCUUGGUUGCAGCUGAAUCGAAACAGGAGUUAUCAGAAUUAUUUGAAUCGUUAAACUCAUGCAUGGAACAAUUGGAUGGAAAUAUCAAACGGCGUAUCCUAGAGCUGCGGAAUCCAGCUGAGCAGGAUGACUUGCAGGCAGCUCGAGCAUGGCUUAAGCUGAACAAUAUGAUCAUGUAUACUUCCUCUACGGCAUACAUACGCCAUCCGGAAGUGGAUCAGGUGCGCUUAAAUCGUGAUUUUGCUCACGCACAAGUUUCAUUAGCCUUACAAGCCAUGGCUGAUAUCUUGCAAGGUUCUGCAACCAAUAAAGAGUUCUGUCUUUCCCACCACGGCCGUCUUGGUGAUCUUAUGCGACAGUUUGAUCAUUUUCAGACUCGAGCGUAUAUGGAACCAAGUUCAUACAAGGAUCAUUUGCAUCGGCCGGAACUUGAAGGUCUCUUAGAAAAGAUUGUGAGCGGUGUAGCCGCUAUUGCUGAUUCCGAAAACACGAGGGAUGAAAGGAAAAAAAGAAUCGUUGAUGAAUGCAAUAAUCUGCGACAAGCUUUGCAAGAUUUGCUUGCUGAAUACGAAAAAAAUUGUGGACGUGCAGAACCUUCGGAAGAUUUGGACUUAGCGAUGGUUCAUUUGGGGCAUAAAACAAAGGAUCUGCGGAGACAUUUACGACGGGCUAUUGUGGAUCAUGUAAGCGAUGCCUUUCUAGAUACCAUCACCCCGCUAAUGAUGCUUAUUGAGAGCGCUCAGAGACAUGACGAAAGAGCUACGGUUGAAAAUGGUAAAAUGUUCCAGGAACAUACGAACAAACUUUUACAGGCAGCAGAGCUGGUAUGCGUGAUGAGUAACAAUGAAGAUGGUAUUCGUGUUAUUCGAUAUGCGGCCAUAAUUAUUGAUAAACUUGCACCCCAAGUAGUUAACGCCGCUUUUUUGCUAAGCGUAAGAGAUAGUCAAGUGGCAAGGGAUAAUAUGGAUGCUUUUAAAAAUGCAUGGAUAGAAAAGGUAAAGCUGCUAACGAUGGCUGUCGACGCGAUGAUAACAGUAGAUGACUUUCUGGCUGUCAGUGAGGCUCAUAUUAUUGAAGAUGUGAAAAGCGGCAUUCAGGCUGUGAUUAAUGGAGAUGGUUUCUUACUUGAUCGAUCUGCAGGUGGUAUUCGCGGCCGUUCUUUGCGUGUUUGCAGCGUGGUCGACUCUGAAAUGGAUCUGGUUGCAGCCAGUUCGUACAGAGAUCGUGUUCGGAUGGCAACUAAAUUACUAAGAGAUGAUGUGAUUAAUCAAUUUGCUGAUCGAGCGGAGAAAGUGGUAAACAAGCUGGAGAACGAAGUAGCAGAAGGAAAUAGUGGUGAGAAUAGAGAUUACACCGAUGACGUGGAUGAGUUCAUCGAAGCUAGUGAGUUGGUGCACAAUGCGGUGAAAGAAAUACGGAAUGCAUUAUUGAUGAAUCGGAAUCCGGAAGAUGUUGAUUCAGACAACGAAUACGAGGAAGAUGCUGGAACAAAUUAUCCAGACUCAAGAAACCAAACAGCUGAUGUUGAAAAUGACCAAAAAAUAAUGCGACGACUACCGGAAGAAGAAAAACGAAAAAUCCAGGAACAAAUUAGAUGUUUUCAAGGUUUGAUAGCGCAAAGCAAAUUUGAAAGAGAAGUUGCAAAGUGGGAUGAAACUGGAAAUGACAUUAUCGUACUAGCAAAACAUAUGUGUAUGAUUAUGAUGAAUAUGACUGACUUUACCAGAGGUCGUGGUCCUUUAAAGACCACUAUGGAUGUUAUUAAAGCUGCGCAAGAAAUUUCCGAUGCGGGUGCAAAACUAAAUUCUUUGGCUAAACAAAUUGGCGAUGAAAGCGUAGAAAGUGAAACAAAAAAGGAUCUUUUUGCGUACCUACAAAGAAUAACUCUCUACUGUCAGCAAUUGAAUAUAACUAGCAGAGUAAAGGCAGAUGUACAGCAAGUUGGCAAUGAGCUGGUGGUUAGCGGUCUUGAAUCAGCAAUGUCUCUGAUUCAAACUGCCAGGAAUCUACUGAAUGCUGUUGUAUUGACGGUCAAAGCUGCAUAUAUUGCGAGUACCAAGUACCGACGGAAGAAUACAGCAGCACCAUCAUUGGUUGAAUGGAAAAUGGCACCACCGCAGAAACAACCGCUUGUUAGAGUUUAUAAUAAACCUCAUGGAAUUGUGCGUAGAGCCUCGGAGAAACGUCCGAUGCCACCGAUGAAAGCGUUAGCACAGUUCAGAACUGUCAAUACUAAUGAGUAA